AUGGCAACUAAAAGAAGUAGGAAGGCUCCUGUAUGGACCUAUAUGGAUCAAGUUGAGCCUAACACUGUUGUUUGUCUAGUGUGUAAAGACACACUCAAGUACACCGGCGGCACGUCAUCAAUGAUGAAACACAUACGCACUAAACACCCUUUGGAAUAUGCAGACCUAAAAGAAGACUCUGAACAUCAAGCAACUGCUGCAGGGUUAGAUACACCAUCCACAUCAACAGUUCAGCCCACUCUAAUGGAAGCUAUAAGUAAGACACAAGUCUAUAAAAAAGAUUCAAACAAGAAGAAAGAAUUAGACCAUCUUCUCUUAAGAAUGAUAGUAAAGGACAUGCAACCACUCACUAUUGUGGAAAAUGAAGGAUUCACAGAUUAUUCACAUGGUUUGAAUCCACGAUAUGAAUUGCCAAGUAGGAGAGAACUAACGAGAACACUUCUUCCACUACUGUACAAAAAUGAAUCAGAGAAAGUCAAGAAGGAAUUAUCCACUUCCAACUACAUAUCACUCACAACAGAUAUAUGGACUUCCAGACAAACCAUGGGGUACAUUACAGUAACAGCCCAUUUCAUUUCCCCAGAGUGGACUUUAAGGUCUGUCGUCUUGGCCACGGCAAGAAUGACUAACAGUCACACCAAAGAAAAUAUUGCAGAAGAGAUAACACGCAUCUGUAAUGAAUGGGACAUAUUACAUAAGCGAACUCAUAACAACUACACUUUGCCUUCUCGGCAAAAUGACAUGUGUACCACCAGUGAAGAGCUUGAGCUGAUUCAGAAUACUGUGGUAAUACUGGAACCUUUCAAGGAACUAACAAAAGAGAUGUCAGCAGAGAAAUUCGUUUCACUUUCGAAGGUCAUACCAAUUGUAAGAGGAAUGCAAGCCUAUAUGAAUGCAAGCAACGGCAGUGAGGCUCAACAGAGGUACUCAUCUAAUCCUCUAGGCAUUGAACUAAAGCAACAGAUGUCAAAGAGAUUCCCUUGCCUUGAAAGUGCUCUCUGCCUUGGAGCUGCCACUCUUUUAGACCCGCGCUUCAAAAAGAUACCUUUUGCAGAUAAAAGUCUUGCCAGACAUACAGAAGAUCGUCUGAUAAACCUCAUGCAAACCAAGGCAUCAGAUGAGGCUCCAAGUACAACAACAGCGGUACUUCCAGCAGCCCAGCAGGUUCUCGCUCAAAAGUCAUGUAAAACACCCUACUGGAACACCUUUGAUACAGAGUCGGAAAAAAUUGUACAGACAACCUCUCAGCUAUCAACAGGACCUCGCAUCGAGCUGAAGAGGUAUUUCGAAGAGAACCAUAUUUCUAGGGAUGGAGACCCGCUGGCAUGGUGGAAAGAACAUGAUAUGUAUUUCCCCAAACUUAGUGACCUGGCUAAAAGAUUCCUUUGCACAUCAGCGUCAUCUGUUCCAUCAGAGAGACUAUUUUCCAAAGCAGGAGAACUCAUCUCACACAGGCGAAGCAACAUCAAAGAUACAAACGUAAACAUGAUUUUGUUCCUAAAUAAAAAUGCACGGUAA